AUGUCAAUAGUGUAUUUUAAGAAUAUUUCAAUUGUGAACAAAGCAAAUCAAACACAAGCAAAUGCAUUUAUAAUAGCAAUGGAUUGUAAUUCAGCUCGUUUUAAUUUUACUAAAAAAAAUAUUGAACGAGUAUUUCCAAAUUUUUUUCAUAUUCAUUGUUUUAAGGUAAUGCAAUUCAAUGAUUCUCGUAUUAAUCCAUCAUUACCAGCAUUAGACAAGAGAUUAGCUACAAGUCUUAUAACAUUUGUUUAUUUAUGGACAUAUGAACUUAUAAAAUAUUCAAAAAAUAAUGAACUUGAAUGGUCAUUUAUAUUCGAAGAUGAUGUUGAUUUUAUUGAACCAUCAAAAGUUUCAUUAUCAAAUUAUAUAAAUGCAGUACAAGUAUUAAUGAAUCAUUCAGAAAUUCGACUUAAACAUGGAAUGUUCUAUUUGGGUAUGUGUGGACGGACAGACAUCAAAGACAAUACUUCAUUAAUAAUACCAUUUUCUAAUAAUACACUAAUAAGUCAGCAAGGAUGUGGUUAUUGUACUCAUGCAAUGGGAUUAACAACAAAACGUGCAAGAGAAUUAUGGGUCGAUAUUUCUUUACAUAUUCCUAUUCAAAGUGGACCUCCGGAUGUCUAUCUUUAUACUCAUUGUUUGCAUAGUGAAAAAAUUUAUACUUUAGGUUCAACUUUAAACUGGCCACCUGGAACAAACCACUAUGGAAUAGCAUUUCAAGAUAGACAACGUUUUCAUAGUCAACUUCGGCCGUAG